CACUGAUGCGUCCUUAAAUAAAAAAAUCGAAAAACAAGGUUGAUAGAAAGGCGAGCCCGCUUUGUGUGCGCCAGGGUGCGCACGACACCUCAUCCACGCUUCAGCCUCCUCUCACAGGCGCAGUGGAGGUAGCCCACGGCGCAUGGUAGCAAGCGCUAGCAAUAAAUUUGAAUUUUUAAACAGCUACCUCAUAUAUCAAAAGAAAACAAGAACUAAAAAACAGAAAAUGCCACCUAAUUUCCCCUCCAUUUUCUCCAGCUAUUGAGCUCUGUUGCUUAGGGUUUUCUUAAAAAUUAUCUCCUCCGAUUUUCCUCCGAAUAAAUUCAUGCAUUUUGUCCCAAUUCCUCCGAAAAUAGUUCGCCAAUUUGAAAUUUUUUGAAGUCAAUUUCAUUAAUUAGGGUUUUCAGACAUUUAUUUUCCAGCUCAAUAUCUUUAUUUGAAGUUUUGAAAAUUGUCUAACAUUUCUGAGCAGAAUGAGGGUAUCUGCGUAAUGGAUUCAAGAUUCGACCUUUGGUUGAGUUUUGUUCCUCUUAUUUGAUUCUUCAUUUUGUGGGGGCUGAAGUUUGUAUAUAAAGAAAAUGCCGGGGCAAAAAUCUAAAUCUGAGAAAGGCGAUGCGGAGAAGCAGCUGCGGAGAGACCCCUACGAAGUUUUGGGAGUGAGCAGAAAUUCUACCGAUCAGGAAAUUAAGAGUGCCUACCGGAAGUUGGCUUUGAAGUACCAUCCGGACAAAAAUGCAAACGAUGUUACAGCCGCAGAUAUGUUCAAAGAGGUCACAUUCUCAUAUAACAUCUUGUCUGAUCCGGACAAAAGGCGGCAGUAUGACACAUCAGGUUUUGAGGCUGUCGAAUCAGAAGGCCAAGAACUGGAACUUGAUCUUUCAAGUUUAGGAACUGUUAACACUAUGUUUGCUGCAAUUUUUAGUAAGCUCGGAGUCCCUAUCAAGACUACUGUAUCAGCCACUGUUUUGGAGGAAGCGCUAAAUGGUGCGGUAACAAUUCGUCCUCUCCCACUGGGACAACCUUUGUGUAGGAAGGUUGAGAAGCAAUGUGCUCACUUUUAUUCUGUAACCAUAUCAGAAAAGGAAGCACAGGCAGGACUUGUUUGCCGAGUUUCUUCAUCAGAUAAGAGCAAGUUUAAGCUAUUGUACUUCGAUCAGGAAGAGAAUGGUGGACUAUGCCUUGCUUUACAGGAGGAUAGUUCAAAAGCAGGGAAGGUUACAUCUGCUGGGAUGUAUUUUCUCGGCUUCCCUGUUUAUAGAAUGGACCCUGCCCAUAACUCUGCGAUUGCAGUAAAAGAUCCUGAUGCUGCUUUCUUCAGAAAGCUGGAUGGUUUUCAGCCAUUUGAAAUAACUGAGCUCAAAGCCGGCAACCAUUAUUUUGCAGUUUAUGGCGAUAAUUUUUUCAAAAGUGUAAGCUACACUAUAGAAGUUCUUUCCGCUGAAAUCUUUUCAGAAGAGAAGGAGGAUCUUAGAUCUGUUGAAGCUCAAAUAUUGUCAAAAAGAGUGGAGCUUUCUAAAUUCGAAACUGAAUAUAGAGAGGUGCUUGCUCAAUUUACCGAGAUGACAAGUAGAUAUGCACAAGAGAUGCAAACUAUCGACGAGCUUCUCCAACAGAGGAACGAAAUACAUGCUUCUUAUACAACUGCUCCACAAAUAAAGCGCAGCAGUAGUAGUCGAAGCAAGAAUAAAGCCGCGGUGAAGGAAGGCGACGAUUGCCAAGGGAAGGACAAGAAGCAGUCGAGAGGAGAGAGAUCGAAGAAGAAGAAAUGGUACAAUCUUCACCUAAAGGGAGACAAAAAGAAGCCUUGUGGAAUGGAUUGAGUUGAGUAGUGUUGCUUCCCACUCAUCAAUCUUUUUCUGGAAUGGUCUUCCAACGAUUCUCUUGUAUUAUAGAUUGAACGUCUCAUUCAUUCUCUUUCGUGUAUUAUUAUCUUCUCUCUGUAAAAGAUUGCUACAUAGCAAUCGAGAUGUAAAAAUUGUCUAUUUGUCACAGUUAACAUAGAAUUGGAAAGUUUUGUCACAGUGGAAUAUAAUACAAUCUAUCUAUCAUGUGUUUAGAAA